AUGGUCACUGAUGUCCUCAUGUGGACCAAACUCGGAGCAUUAGGCUUCUAUAAUAAUAACAGCAGGAAUUGGAUCCUAAGCCUGGAAAUAGUGUCCUCCAAGGUGCUGGCACUCUUCCAGGCAUGCUACAUUCCACCCUCAUUUACUAAUGGGAAUAGUGGAAGAGCUCACCGAGUUGAAUCUUUCGCCAAGAACUUUGUGCGCUCAUGGCGAGAAAUUCCAGCCACCCUCCACUUGGUGAAGUCAGCGAGUGUCAAAAAUGAAGCGAGAGUGGGAGCCAAGUCUUCCUCAUCCUCCUCGGGCAAGAGCUAUAGGUGCCUUAGCUGUCCCUACAGUUUCCCGAGCCCCUCCCUCUUGAGGACGCACAUCCGGACACACACGGGAGAGAAACCCUUUUCUUGCUCCGUUUGCUCCUACCGCUCGGCCCGGAAGUAUGAUCUGAAGACCCACAUGUGGAUCCAUACCAAGGAGAAGAGUUAUAACUGCUCCUUGUGCUCAUUCAAGACAGCCAAUAAACAGAAGUUGAAAGUACACCUCAGGGACCACUCUAAAUCAAAUCCCUGGCAGGUGAAGUCAGCGAGUGUCAAAAAUGAAGCGAGAGUGGGAGCCAAGUCUUCCUCAUCCUCCUCGGGCAAGAGCUAUAGGUGCCUUAGUUGUCCUGACAGUUUCCCGAACCCCUCCCUCUUGAGGACACACAUCCGGACACACAUGGGAGAGAAACCUUUUGCUUGCCCUGUUUGCGCCUACCGCUCGGCCCGGAAGUAUGAUCUGAAGAAACACAUGUGGAUCCAUAACAAGGAGAAGAGUUAUAAUUGCUCCUUCUGCUCAUUCAUGACAGCCAACAAACAGAAGUUGAAAGUACACCUCAGGGACCACUUUGGGGAGAAACAUUCUGUGAUAUAUAUUGCUGAACUUUGUCCUAUGCUUCGUUUUGACACAGUUCACAUCAAGGUUGGCAGAUGGACAGGGGAAAGGCAAGCCAGCACCACUUCCACAGUCAAGGCCCAUAAAUGCCCUCACUGCCCUGGAAGUUUUACGAGAAAGUCACAUUUGAAGGACCAUUUGCGAACUCACACGGGCGAGAAACCAUUCUCAUGCCCCCGCUGUUCUUACCGCUUUGCCCGUAAAUAUGAUCUGAAACGGCACUUUCACAUUCACUUGUUCAAGGAGCAGCAGCAGAGUUCAGCCUGA